GGUGACGCAACCCGGAAGUAGCCGGGCUCUCAUUUUCCGGAAAUAAACAACGCUAUCCCUCCCCUGCCCGUGGGGCCUGCUUCGUUUGAACCGUUGUAAACGGUUGGUGGGAGUGGAGAGGGUAGGGAAAGGGCCCUCGCCCAUAGCUCAGGAUGCUGCGGGGCCUCGGGGGCUGGUUCGGGGUGAGCCGGGCGGAGACGGAGGAGGGAGAAGCCGGGCAGGGCGAGGCGGGCCCCGGGGCGGCGGCGGCGGAGGAGGAGAGCGGCGAGGAGCAGGUGGAGUUCACGGUGGAGGCCGGCUCGGACUCGGACACGGACCCGCUGCUCAGCCAGGCCAAAGGGAUCGGCAGUUAUCUCUUCAGUUUUGCCAGUACGGCCACAAAAAAGAUUUCUGAAUCAGUUGCUGAAACGGCACAAACUAUAAAGAAGUCUGUAGAAGAAGGAAAAAUAGAAAAUAUAAUUGACAAGACAAUUAUAGGAGACUUUCAGAAGGAACAGAAGAAAUUUGUUCAAGAACAACAUACCAAAAAACCAGAGGCAGCUGUGCCACCCUGGGUAGAUAGCAAUGAAGAAGAAACAAUUCAGCAGCAAAUAUUGGCCUUAUCUGCAGACAGAAGAAACUUCCUGCGUGAUCCACCUGCAGGGGUACAGUUUAAUUUUGACUUUGAUCAGAUGUCUCCAGUGGCAAUGGUAAUGCUUCAGGAGGAUCAGCUUCUGAAUAGAAUGAGAUUUGAUCUAGUUCCAAAGCACGUGAAGGAAGAAGUUUUCUGGAGAAAUUAUUUUUACCGUGUCUCACUAAUUAAACAGUCUGCACAACUCACAGCACUAGCUGCACAACAGCAAGCAGUGAGAAAGGAGAAGAAUGGCAGUGAAGAAGAAAGACAGCUAACAGAAACAGUGAGGCCGAAAACACCACCAGCAGCAAUCAAGUCUCAGCUAAAACCCCAAGAGGAAGAUGAAGAGAUUUCCACUAGUCCAGGGGUAUCAGAGUUUGUGAGUGAUGCUUUUGAUGCAUGCAGCCUGAAUCAGGAAGAUUUGAGGAAAGAAAUCGAACAGCUUGUGCUUGACAAAAAGAAGGAUACAACCACAGAGGAAGAAGAAACUGCAGACUGGGAGAAAGAACUACAACAAGAGCUUCAAGAGUAUGAAGUAGUUACAGAAUCAGAAAAGCGAGAUGACAACUGGGACAAAGAAAUAGAGGAAAUGCUACAAGGAGAAAACUAACCACUUUGGAGAUAUGUGUUCUGGAAACUGACAUGAACUUGUUUUUAUAUUUUCUUCAGAGGUCUGCUUCCUGAAGCAAAACAUGCUCUUUCAUAAAUAAUACUCCAGGUGAUGUGUAAUCAGGUAUAAGAACUGUUUUAUGAAAAUGUUGUUCAUAGUGUAGUGGGCUCUAAGGCACUAAGAGUUGUUUUGAUUUCAGUGUUGGGUGUUUUCCAACAGCCUCACUGUUUGUGAGGUUAAGGGAAUUGCAAAAGUGAGUUUUAGAGCAGGACAGAAAGAUAUCUAGCACAUGUCCUUGAAAAGUAAUAUGCACCUAAAAGGGCCUUCUGGAUCACUGUGCAUUUUAAUUAUUUUGUUAUCUUUGGGUUCUCGAAAAAUGCUAGUUGGAUUUUCAAGACAUGAAUGAAUAUCUAUUUAAGAAAGUUUCUGUGGACUGAUUUAUGUAGUGAAAAACAGGUGUUCAUCUGCUUUCAUGCAAAUGAUGGUACAUCAUGUUGGUGCUGCUCUCUCUCUCUCAUUUAUAAAUACAUGGAAAGAUAUCCAUUAAAAUCUAUCAAAUGUUGGCAUCUGUUGUCUCAAGAAGUAUCAUCAACCUUGGGUUUCAAUAUGUUUCUUCUUGAAAUAUAUUUGGCACAUCUGAGGUUUUCAUUCUAAAGACAGUAUUUUCAUGUGAGUCAAAAGAGAUGCUAAAGUGUGUACUAUAGGGAAAAGGGUAACUGUGUGUAUAUUCAGAUAAAAGACUAAUUUUCUGUAGUUUGGAAAGAAACUACUUCAGCUGAAUAAAGGCAAAGAGAAAUGUUCUGUGAA